AUGGGAUGGGCAAUGAAUCAGCUAGGAGAACUGAGGAGAAAUCGCAAGACCAAGUUGAAGAAGGAUCACAAAAAACUUGGGCUGUCACGUGAACAGGUAUUGGCUAGUCAACUGCUUGGGGUUAUCGCAGCGCACUGGAAAGAGAUGGUUGACUAUUGGUUCAAUGACAAAACUGAGACAUUAAGUAUCAAAAACAAGGCGAGUCGAGGUAAGCAGGAAGACAUAGCAAGAUGUGGGGCCAAAAGUCUUGCUCAAAUUUUUGCUAAAAUGGCAAAAGAUAAAGGGGUGGCAGUCGAACGCGCGGAUGUAUUUCAAAAAGUAUACCGUACCAAAGAUGGGGUUGCUAUUAGUGACCGUGUGCAAGAUAAGAUGGAUAGGAUGGCAGUACUUUUGAAUGAACAGGACAUACGACUACACGGAGAGAUUGGUAAUGGAAUCCUCUGGUCCAACGACGAUGCGUAUGCUCGGGUGAUGGGUCGUCCAGAGCGCCCAGGUCAUGUACGUGGGGUAGGAUUUGGAAUCACCCCAUUAGGAAGAAGUGCCAGAAAUGCAUCACAGUUUACCUCGACUAGUACUCUGUCGUCAAGCAGAACUCACGAAAGGAUGUCAGAGUUGGAGACGAGUCAUGAAGAGCUUAGGGAGGCACUAGCUCAAUCUAGGGAGGAACUAGCAAUUUGUAGGGGGGAAGUAGCUCAAUCUGAGACGAGGCAUAGGGAGAAACUAGCUCAAUUUGAGGCAAGGCACCAAGCACAAAUGGCCGAAAUGAUGGCGUCGAUGAAAACCAUGUUUGAGCAACUUAGCCAGGGGAUGCGUGGUAUAGGUCCUUCUUAG